AAAGCGCCUGCGCGGAGAGCCUGCAAUCAGGGACCAGGCUUGGGAGGCGACGAAGAGGAACGCUGGGCGCGGGAGGCCCACUGCAUACGCAGGCGCACUCGGCGAUCCCGGCUUUUCCGCGCGCAGUUCCCGCACAGGCCUCGGGGGGGCAGGGGCGGGGCAGGGGCGGGGAUAAAUGCGGAGGGACGGUCCAGCUUUAGCUCUCUGCUCGCCGCCGCCGCUGUCGCCGCCACCUCCUCUGAUCUACGAAAGUCAUGUUACCCAACACCGGGAGGCUGGCAGGAUGUACAGUUUUUAUCACAGGAGCAAGCCGUGGCAUUGGCAAAGCUAUUGCAUUGAAAGCAGCAAAGGAUGGAGCAAAUAUUGUUAUUGCUGCAAAGACCGCCCAGCCACAUCCAAAGCUUCUAGGCACAAUCUAUACUGCUGCUGAAGAAAUUGAAGCAGUUGGAGGAAAGGCCUUGCCAUGUAUUGUUGAUGUGAGAGAUGAACAGCAGAUCAGUGCUGCAGUGGAGAAAGCCAUCAAGAAAUUUGGAGGAAUUGAUAUUCUGGUAAAUAAUGCCAGUGCCAUUAGUUUGACCAAUACAUUGGACACACCUACCAAGAGAUUGGAUCUGAUGAUGAACGUGAACACCAGAGGCACCUACCUUGCAUCUAAAGCAUGUAUUCCUUAUUUGAAAAAGAGUAAAGUUGCUCAUAUCCUCAAUAUCAGUCCACCACUGAACCUAAAUCCAGUUUGGUUCAAACAGCACUGUGCUUAUACCAUUGCUAAGUAUGGUAUGUCUAUGUAUGUGCUUGGAAUGGCAGAAGAAUUUAAAGGUGAAAUCGCAGUCAAUGCAUUAUGGCCUAAAACAGCCAUACACACUGCUGCUAUGGAUAUGCUGGGAGGACCUGGUAUCGAAAGCCAGUGUAGAAAAGUUGAUAUAAUUGCAGAUGCAGCAUAUUCCAUUUUCCAAAAGCCAAAAAGUUUUACUGGCAACUUUGUCAUUGAUGAAAAUAUCUUAAAAGAAGAAGGAAUAGAAAAUUUUGACGUUUAUGCAAUUAAACCAGGUCAUCCUUUGCAACCAGAUUUCUUCUUAGAUGAAUACCCAGAAGCAGUUAGCAAGAAAGUGGAAUCAACUGGUGCUGUUCCAGAAUUCAAAGAAGAGAAACUGCAGCUGCAACCAAAACCACGUUCUGGAGCUGUGGAAGAAACAUUUAGAAUUGUUAAGGACUCUCUCAGUGAUGAUGUUGUCAAAGCCACUCAAGCAAUCUAUCUGUUUGAACUCUCCGGUGAAGAUGGUGGCACGUGGUUUCUUGAUCUGAAAAGCAAGGGUGGGAAUGUCGGAUAUGGAGAGCCUUCUGAUCAGGCAGAUGUGGUGAUGAGUAUGACUACUGAUGACUUUGUAAAAAUGUUUUCAGGGAAACUAAAACCAACAAUGGCAUUCAUGUCAGGAAAAUUGAAGAUUAAAGGUAACAUGGCCCUAGCAAUCAAAUUGGAGAAGCUAAUGAAUCAGAUGAAUGCCAGACUGUGAAGGAAAAUAUAAAAAAAAAGUCGACUGCUAUGCUCAAAAAGUAAAAGAAGCUCAACAGUUAAAAUCUAAUGUUUGUUUUCUUUCCUGUUGUAUUAUAAGGAUAUGCACGUUUGUUCUGGAAAAGAUAGAAUUUGUCUCUAAAAGACUUGAAAUUGUAAUUAAAAUGGCAAGCUAAUCAAACAUAAGCUUCAUUAAGUGGGAUUCUAAGACAGUCUGUGUUUUUAUAUUUCAAGGGUUUAACCCUUUGAGCCUUACAUCUCAUUCACUGUCUUUCUCCAAGAAAAGUAUUUUGGGCGGACAGUCAGAUCAAGCAGUAAAAUUAGCUCUUUCAAAUCUUCUUGUCAUGUAAAAUGAAGCUAGUCUGUUUUAAAAUUUUUAGUUUUGGAUUGUAUACUAAUGAAAAUCUUAAUGAUGUUUUUGAUUUUUAUAUACUUAUUUUAAAGAAAAUCUUAUAUAGUGCAUUUUACAAAAAUUAUAAAAAACGAAUUAGUACUGGCGAGGACUAAAUGAAACAAUAAUUUUUCAUUUUGAUAACUAGCUUUCCAGGUGGACUUAGCCAUAGGAAAAUAUUACUAAUGUAAUUUAACAAAUUGCUGCAUGUAUUCCAUUUAAAAAUAUGUUUAAAUUGUCCUAAAACAAAAUAAUUUUCUCCCUAGGAGUAUGCAUUUGGCUACAAUGUUUUGAAACAGAAACCUUAGAAUAGGUCAUUGGUAUGGGCUGAACUGUGUAUCCCCCAAUUCAUUUGUUGAGGUCCUAACUCCCAUUUCUUUUGAAUGUGACUGUUCGGAGAUGAGGCCUUUAAAGAGGUGACUUAAGUUCAAAGGAGGCUGUUAGUCUAAUCCAACAUGGUGUCCUUUGGACAUAAGAGAUACCAGCAACGUGUGCACAGAACAAAGACCAGGAGAGGACACAGUGAGAAGGCAGUUAUCUGCAAGCAAAGAGAGAGGCCUCAGAAGAAACAAAAUCACCAGCACCUUGAUCUUUGACUUCUAAUCUCCAGAAUAGUGAGAAAUAAAUUUCUGUUGUUAAGCCGUCCACUGUGGGAGGCUGAGGCAGGAGGACUGCUUGAGGCCAGGAGUUCAAGGCCAGCCUGGACAACAUAGUAAGACCCUGUCUCUACCCCCUAAUAAAUUAAUUUUAAAAGCCCCCCAAUCUGUGGUAUUUUAUUAUGGCAGCCCUAGCAAGCUAAUACAGUGGUUUGAGAGGCUGGGAGGGUUGAGGGGAAGAUAAACUUUUAAAAAGCUCUUAUCUUUCAUUUCAAUCAGUUAAAAAUACUUGCUCAGUGUAACAAUUUUGCUUCUCAGCUUCCACUCUAAUAUUGUUGUGCCAUUAAGCAAUUUAGCUAAUCCUGACAUUUCUUAGAUUCAUAAUGUUAGGAGCAUUUAAUCUGUAUUUUACAAGUUAGGAAGCAGAGGAUCAGAGAUGGGAAAGGACUAGCCCAAGGCCAACAUUAACAAGCCCUCUAACAAAAACUUUACAAUACAUUUAUGUUGAAUGGAACUCCAAGAUCUCACCUCUCCAUCCAGGAAUGGAGUCCAUGUAAUCAAAGUGAACUUAAAAAUAGGACAGUUUCAACAAGUCAGGAGAUUCACAGCAACUGAUCAAAGGGAGUCCAGUCAACGUGAGCAAGCGUGAUUAUGAUGAGGAAGCCCCCUCUGCUUUAAUCCACACAAGGAACGUAACCUGAAGUAACCUGAUGUUAACCAAUCUGCUGUGUCUACUAUGCUGUUUCCUUGUUCCUGCUAGUGCUGCCUUACAAAUGCAGACCGUUCUGUCAUACCUGGCGGGGCUUCUGUUUUAUUUUAUAGGCUGGAUGCUACCCAGUUCAUGAAUCGCUAAUAAAAGCCAAUUAGAUCUUUACAUAAUUUGUUGAGAUUUUAUUCUUUGACAUUCUUAAAGGUUUGGGAAAAUUAGAGGUAGAACAUACCGUGAGGCAGCAAUCUCUGGGUUCUGGUCAUUAAAAUAUGAAUUUGCUAAUUAUACCUAUCCCAACAGGGGGAUUGAGUCAAGGGACCUUGCCCUUUUCUGGACUGACCUGCUUGAUUAUUGCCCUAAGUGAUUGUUAGUUAGGUUGCCCAUUGGAAUCUCUGCCUUCUGGCUUUAAAAAUUUUUUCCAGAUUGGAGUAAAUUGAGCUGACUGGUUUUGAGCUUUGUAAUGUUAGGGGACCAGCAAUGAGUUCCUCUGAUCCAUCCAAUCAUUAGUAGAUUAAAUCUUUGUUUUAAACCCAUCACAGUCCACUAUUCAUCCCUUUUUAAAAUAACCAUUUAAAAAUUUUCUACCCUGAAUUGCAUUUUGAAAGGGAUGGUUCCUAGGUAACACAAGGUAGAAAAUUUACAUCUCAAAGGCAGAGAACUUACAUUUCAGGCCUAAAUAUUGUUAUUUGCCAAGACAGAAAGUUGAUGCUAAGAAGCCCAGUUCAGACAAAAUGGUUGAAGGUGAGUUUAUUUGGACUAAUGCUCUCACCUAUUAUAAGAAUUUCUACUGAUUUUCCUUUAUAGAUACACGUUUUUACAAAGAGUUUCAAAAUAACUGGCUAAAUACCAGAAAGGCAAAUUUUGGAGACUGAUUUAAUUCAAUAGGCGGUCUUUUCAACUUAGCUUCUGUUUCUUAACUAGAUUACUGAGUUCAGGGCAGAGCCCAUUAGCAAAUAGAGCAGACAAAGGGUUUCCUAUUUCUGGAUGCAGAUGGAUAGUUCUGAAAAUGCAAAUCUGCUUCACCCAAGGGCCUAAUUUUUAUAAAUAUUACCUAGCUUUCUUUUUGCCUUUGGAGUAAAACAGUAACUAAGUGAAAAGAUUGGCAGAUUCAAUUUUCUUAUAAACUAGUUGCUUAAACUUUUCAUUUGCCUUCUACAUGAGCUCUUUUAAAGAGACAAACAUUUUUGAAAUCUUUUUAGAAGCUUUUGCACAUCAAUAGGUAUCCCUAGGAGGGCCUGAUUCAGAAGCCCUCAUUUUUAAACUCAAUUCUUAGAUGAACAAACAGUCUUAUUCAUCUGGAAUGUUCCACAUAAUGGUCAUCAUAAUUCUAAUUUAUCUUUAGUAAGAUUUCACCAUUUUUGUAAGUAUUUGCAGCUUCUAGGCCCUAACACAUGUAAAAGGUAAACAUAGCCAGAAGGUGAAAUACACAGUUCUUUAAAAAUUUAAGGAUGCUGGCCAGGCGAGGUGGCUCACACCUGUAAUCCCAGCACUUUGGGAGGCUGAGGUCGGAGGCCAGGAGUUUGAGACCAGCCUAGCCAACAUGGUGAAACCCCGUCUCUACUAAAAAUACAAAAAUUAGAUGGGUGUGGCAGUGUGGCCUUUAAUCCAGCUACCCAGGAGGCUGAGGUGCGAGAAUUGUUUGAGCCCAGGAGGUGGAGGUUGCAUUGAGCUGAGACUGCGCCACUGCACUCCAGCCUGGACAACAGAGUGAGAUGCUGUCUUAAAAAUAAAAAAAAAGAAUUAAGGAUGCCAUUUUUAAGUUGAAUCUUGAGUCUCUCAGAGUCAAGAUAAAAGUCUGAGUGAAACGCCAUGAGGUUGGGUCACUGUGUUUGCUAUCUAUCUAUCUAUCUAUCAUCAUCUAUCUUAUCUAUCAUCAUCUAUCUUAUCUAUCUAUCUAUCUAUGUAUCUAUCUAUCUAUCUAUCUAUUUUUGUCCAGGUUUCCUGGCUUGUAAUUCCCAUAGCCCUUGUUACAAGCUUUUGUUACAAUGUUGGGUGUUAGGCCUUGCAGGCAGGCCUCAGGAAACAGAAUCUCUCUGACCUUCUCUUGCCUUCCUUUCACCUCCGCAAGGCAGAACUGUGGGUCAUAUAAACCCUUAUUCCAGAGAGGGUCCUGCUCCAUAUGCUGGGGGAAAGAAUGCCAACUUAAUGAAGCCUCCAUAAAAACCCAAGAGGACUGGGUUCCAAGAGCUUCUGGAUAGCUGAACACAUGGAGGGUCCUGGAGGGUGACACACCCCGGGAGGACUGGAGAGCUCUGUGCCCCUUCCCCAAUACUGUGCCCUAUGCAUCUCUUCAUAUGUUAUCCUUUAUGAUUUUCUUUGCAAUAAACUGGUAAACGUGUUUCCCUGAGUUCUGUGAGCUGCACCAGCAAAUUAAUCAAACCCCAAGUGGAGGUUGUGGGAACCCCAACUUGAAGCCAGUUGGUCAGAAUUUCCAGACGCCCAGAGUUACAACUGGUGUCUGGGAGGUGGGGCAGUUUUGGGGACUGAGCCCCUCGACCUGUGGCAUCUAACACUAUCUACCUGGAGACAGUAGAUAGUGGGCAACAUGGUGAGACCCACUAUCUCCAAGUAGAUAGUGUCAGAAUAAAACUGGAGGACACCUACUUGGUGUCCACUGCUUAGCGUGUGGGAAAAACUCUCACAAAUUUGGUCACAGAAGUCUUCUUGUGUGUUGAUGAUUGUUGUUGUGUUAGUAUGAGAGCAGAGGAAAAAUGGUUUAGAGUUUUUUCCCAAAACAGUCAUGUAAUGCUAUCAUAGUAUACCUCAGUGCAUAGAUGUUUUAUUUUUUCUGCCACUCAUUCUAGAGUGCAGUGGCAUGCUCAUAGUUCACUGCAGCCUUGAAUUCCUGGGCUCAAGGUCUUAGCUUUCCAAGUCUCAGCUUUCCUGGGCUCCUGCCUCAGCUUUCCAAGUAGCUGGGAUUACAGGCACAUACCACCAUGCCUGGCUUUGUUUGUUUUUUGUGUGGACAAGGUCUCACUUUGUUGCCCAGGCUGGUCUCAAACUCCUGGCUUCACGCAAUCCUCCCACCUCAGCCUCCCAAAGUGCUGGGAUUAUAGGUGUGAGCCACCAUGCCCAGCCUAAAUAAUUUUUUAAAUUCCAGUUUUUAAUUAUUCUUUGUUAGGAUACAGAAAUGCUUUGUGUCCUGCAAUACUGUUAAAUCUCCUUAUUAGUUUUAGCAGCGUUUUUUGUAAAUCCCUUAGGAUUUUCUAUCUAUGUGAUUGUUAUCUGCAAAUAAAGGCAGUUUUAUUUCUUCUUUUC